AUGGCCCAACCUUCCAGCUCACACCGUGACCGUGACCGCGACGACGGCGGGCAUUCGACCCGUCGCUCCGAGCGCUCCUCCAGCCACCGCCAUAGAACGAUCUCCUCAACGACCCUUCUUCUCGUACUCUCUCUCAUUCUCGCCGUCCUCGCCGUCAUGCUCUCGCUCCCGAACCAGGGCGCAGGAGCUGCCGGCGGCAACCCGGUCGACCCCAACAACCCCGGCACGUGGGCAGUGUUGACACCCAAGCGCUCUCAGCAGCUCAUUGCCCGUGAGCGUGACAUUGCCAUUCGCGAGGCCGAGAUUGCCCGCCGUGAAGCCGAGCUCCUCGCUGGCGCCCCCGGUGGUGUCAUCCCCAACGCACCGUCCUGCGCGCCGUGUAUCGUCGAAAAGGUCGCACCGGAGCCCGUCAUGAUGCCGCCGCCACCCGUGCAGACAGUGAUCAAGGAAGUCGUCAAGGAAGAUGCGCUCACCCCGCCUGGAUGGUGGAAGGACGGCAACGACCGCUUCGACGACAUCCUCGCUCGCGAACUCAAGAUUGCCGAGCGUGAACGCGACAUUAGCCGUCGCGAAGAGACGGUCAACCGCCGCGAACAUGACGCCUCCCGCCGCGAGUCGUGGAUCAUGGAGCAACUUGCGAACAUCAACGCGGCGAACGAACCCGCCGUCGAGGAUGUUUACGAGUACUACGAAGAGCCCGUCGCUCCUCCGCCUCCGGUUGCCCCUCCCCGUCGUGUUAAACCCAAGGAAGUCCCGCCUGUUGUUUACACCGAAACUGUCGUCGCCGAACCAGUCAUCCGCACCGUCACGCAAACCCAAACUCACAUUCGUAUUGAGACGCCGACCUCGUCCGUUGAGCCGUCGACUCCUCCGCCUGCUCCUACCCGCCGCGCGGCUACACCCGCGCCUUAUGCGUUCACUUCCUCGUCUACUGCCACGCUCCCGAGGACGACCUCCGUCGAGGUUCUCGUUCACCACGAGGAGCAGAUCAUCCACGACGAGAUCGAGGAAGAGAUCUACGAGGAGGAGUACGAGGAGCCGGCACCCCCGGUUCACAAGGUUCAACGCAAGGUCCCUGUUCGCCGCCCUGUUCAGCCUCCCCCGCCUCCGGCGGCGGCGUACCCGCCCGCUCAGUUCCGGCCUGCCCCCGAGCGCUGGUGGUAA